GUCAUCUUUUAUGUCGGUGUUGAAACAUCAAAUGACUUUGAUAUUUACCAACCGAGUUUUCCGUGUUUCUGAAAGAUCAAUUUACCACAAUUUUAGUCAUUGAAAAUCGUCGUUCAGUUGUGUUAACGCAACGUGCAUAUCGUGGAAAAUAUUGUGACAAACGAGCACCGCCUGACAGCACUAUCCGUCGUUUGGUUCUGAAUUUUCUUGAGUAUGGGA